AUGGACCAGCCAGAUGGGUCAACUAUGCAGCAAGCUGAUAUUGAUGCCCUGAUUUUUGAGGCUAGGCAGAAGUCGAGUGCAGGGUGGAUGAUAGCGGAUGGCUUUCUCGGGUGCGAGGAUCCAAAGAUCAGGUUCUAUGGACCUCUUACCCUUACGAUGAAAAUUAACCAGGAAUGGGACAUUCUCAAUGUGGAGCAGCGGUUGGCACUUCUUGCACAGUUGAUGAACUGCUUCGUGGUACUCAUCGACUCCGCAGAGAAACCGUUGGUCAUGAGAAAAUUUUUCUCUACACUAACCACGUUCUUUUUCAAGCCCGGGUCACCCUGGACAUACAGCGUGCGUCACGUCACCGUGACUUUGGCUAAUGGGAAAUACCUCCCUGAAGAUAAGUCGGAGGAACCCACUCUCGCACUACAUGCGCUAUCGGCUCUCAGCCAUGAACGUCUGGUCGCGUUACUGUCAUUCUGCACUGCGUUAGCCGAGGAAUCCACGCGAUACCUUACCGAAGGGUUAGCACUUUUCCCAUUCUUCCCGUGUUUUCUAACUCCCGCUUACGCGUCUAGUAGUACUGAAUCUGGUAGCCGACUGCAAGCCAAUACUAAUGACGUCUUCCACUUAAUCGAUUACGGUUUUGAGCGUGCUGUAAACAAUGCGGGCAGUGUCUCAAAUCAAAAUGUAACAGACCAUUCUCUUGAUGUAGCCAAGGAAUCUAUUCAAACACUACAUGCAUGGCUACAAGCCUUCCAUAAUGGAAAAAUCAAUCCUCCAGGUCUUGCCGAGAAAGUAAAGAAACCGUUGGGCUUUGCCGCGCACUUCUUUGGCAUUGAGGCCUUAGCUUUGCCUGUGAUGGAGCUAUUUGCGGAAACAAUUGCCAAUCAGUAUAAGCUGGUUGGUAAGGACCACAUGGAUGCCAUUAUAAACUUUAUCGUCGGUCCUGGGGAGAAGUAUGCGAUUGCCUUGAUGAAUGGUGAGUAUGAUGAUGAGUCCUUGAAGUUCUUGGAUCUCCUUUUACGAUUCUCAGCACUCGACCAGUCAAAUAUCAUCAUCAACGGCCCAUCUGAUGAAAAACGGGAGAAGGUUCUCUUCCUACUAUACAAAUUAUUCCACGCGCCUGGCUAUCCCCAGGUUGAUGAUUGUGCCGUUAUUCUGCUUUUAGAAUUUUGGACUGAAGUUGCAAGCGAUAUAGACGAGCUGGUUCUUGAUGGUGCACUGGCAGUUUCUGAGGAAAUUAAACAAAAGCUUGCCAGAGUUAUUUCUGAGGGUUAUGACAAACUACGUUUCCCAAGCCACGAAGUUUCUGAGACUUGGGAUGACAACGAGUUGAGACUGUUCGUUUAUUUCCGCCGUGAAUUUGCUGAGUAUCUCCUUGAGGUAUAUCCAUUAUUAGGAGUGGACGUUAUUCGCCAUAUCCUGGAACAGGCUUCAGACUCAAUUGCGAAGGACGAUUGGGAAGGGUUCGAAGUUGCAAUCUAUUGUUUGGGAUCCCUUGCGGAAUCUGUUGCUGAAAACGAGCAUGCCGACCAUCUUCUUGAUGACCUAUUCUGCUCAGAAGUUUUUCAGUCAGUAUGUUUCGGCCACAAGGAAAUUCCUCUAAAGGUACGGCAAACUAUGGCCGACAUGAUCGACCAUUAUACUCCGUAUUUUGCUAGGAAUGGGAAGCUCCUUACCCCAGUGUUGAACUUCUUGUUUAGCUCCCUUGAUUUCCCUUCUUGCGACCCAGUGGCUUCACGAUCUAUCUCCUCGCUCUGUCAGUCGUGCCGAAAGUUCCUUCCUAUGCAUUCCCAGGGAUUUAUCGAUAAAUUUCACCAGCUAUGCACCAAAAGUUCACUCGGUGACUCCACCCUAGAGCGUAUUGCAGAGGGAAUUGCUGCGGUCAUCCAGGCGACGGAACUUGAUAGAGAGAGAGCCGUUGCUCUAUUGAAAUUACUCAACCCUUUACUCCAAGAGGCACAGGCAGCCAGUCAACAAGCGAGCAAUGGGCAAUAUGAAGAGGGUCUGGCACGAAGUUUAAUAGUAAUGCGUUGCACGGCGAGUAUUGGAAGGGGUAUUCGCGCUCCAGAUGAUGAUGUGAUUGAUCUUGAUACCCAUGAUUCCCAACCUGCAUCCGACUCAUUCUGGGCCAAUGACCCUCUCGGGGUAUCUGUUACAGAAACUGUUAUUCGCAUCCUUGACACAUUAGUGGGCCAGUUCCCCAACGAGAGCUACAUGAUUGAGGCGACUUGUGACGUACUCAAGGCUGGUUACACUGAGAGGCACCCAGGCCCUUAUGUUCUCCCAACCCAAGUAACCGUUCGCUUUGUGAAGGCCACAAAUAUCUCAUCUCCUCGCUUUUCUAACGUCAUGGCUACUGCCACUGCAUUUUUGGCCUCCCGGUCUUCAACCCCUCUUGUCAUUGAACAGGAAGUUACGGAAUUGACCCUGCACACAGCUACUUUGAUACAAACCUUGACAGUCUCGGCCAACAGCUAUGAUCCAGAAGCGGCACACAGCUGUAUAGACUUCCUUACCCGUCUCAUCCCAAGAUAUUAUGUGCAAUUCUUUAAUCUGCAGUGCGUGGAUACUACUCCGCCCCCUCUUCCUACAAUCCUUUACUUCACUCUGGAUGUGCUCAAGAGGCCUGAACCCCUACCUCUUCGCGCAUCUUGCUCAUUCUGGGCUGCCAUACUAUCCCUAACCGACCUGCCUCCCGGGCUAAUCUCAACCGGGGCCUCUAUGGGCCCUCCCCGGCCUAACGAACCUCCAGGAUUCCUGGACCCUUAUCUUCGCGUACUUGGUGAAUCUGUUAUGUACCAGAUUGCUGGAAACUGUGCCCGUUCCGACCUGGACCAUUUCAGUGAAGUCAUUAAGAAAUUCGUCUUCAAACAUCAGGGCGCUGCUCGGCUCUAUUUUGGCAAUGGACUGGCAUCUGUGGAUGUUUCACGCAAAGCCCCUACCUCUGACGCUGGAGCGACACAGCCAUUGCCGGCACCAUCUGUUACACAGCAGGACUUACAAAAGUUUCUUUCUACCAUUAUUUCUCUCCGGGGGGCAAGACAGACGAAUGCAAAUGUCAAAAAUUUCUGGGUAUCUAACCGGGGUAAAGGGUUCGCAUACGCAUAA